UAAUAACCAAAGCAAAAAACAAACCAAACACGACAAAUAGAAUCUAUUCAGUACAUCCAGUCUACAUCUCAUCACGACCCGAUACUCGGUGGAAUUCCAGCUCGAGGGUGCGCAAUACAGAGAAAGCUUGAUUGCGCGGGGCAAUAUCUACAAUACAAAGUUGCGCUUACACGCCCAUCGGGUUUGCGUCAUAAGAGACAAAGAGGCCUUGUAUCCCAUACACAAACUCAUUCUCAUUCUCGCCUCAUCUCGGAAUUCGUCAUGGCCUCGGUUCCGAAAAACAAGAACGAAAUGGAGUCCGCACUCUCAAAGCUCGCCAUUGACUCCGCAAAGACGGCGCCUAAAGGCAAGGUCAAGGACAAGAAGCCCGUGGCGGACUCAUGGGAGGACGAAGACGUGUCCGACGAGGAAGAUGAUCAGGACACAGACAAGGACGUUGAAGCUGGCACAUCAACCCCAUCGUCACUCGCCACGCCCGCCGUCCCGCCACCAACGCCGGCAUCGCCGCUAGGCUACGAGUCGCCCCAUGAAUGGGCCUCUCUAGGCAGCCAGAGCCAAAGCCAGAGCCAGAGCCAGAGCCAAAGCCCGAUGGCGACGUCGGCGUCGGGAAGCGGCACUGGGACGCCGGCAAAGAGGCCGGAGAAGACGGACGCGGUGGCGAGGCGGAUGAUUGCGGCGGGCUUGGGGCUCAAGGCGCCACGGCAGACGGAGGAGCAGCGGGCGUACCAGCGGUCGGUGCGGGAGCAGGAGAAGAAGAGGCGGGAUGCGGAGAGGGCGGAGGAGGAGAGGCAGCGGGAGCAGGCGGACAAGGCGAAGGCGGCGGUGUGGGAUGAUUGAUUGAUUGAUUGAUUUUUUGCCAUGUAUGAAUGGACUUUGUUUGGGGUUGUAUCUUGGGUGCUCAUGUGAAAAAAGACGAUGCUGAUAAUCAAGCCGGGGGUUCUGCCUUGAUUCGAUCCAUCUACGUUUU